AUGUCUAAACGGUCAGCAUAUGAUGAUGAGGACAAUCCCCCGACGCCGUCGGACGACUCAGAUUUUGAUGAUGACGAGGAUCCUGAUAACUUGGAAGUGCCAGGUGGCGGCAAAACCCUGGCGGCGGCAGCGAGCAUGGCGGCCAAGAAAGUCACAGUCACACCUCAGGUCAUCGUCAAACCCACCACAAACCCACUUGCAGCACCCUCUGGCCACGCGUUUGGCCAAGUCAGCAAUGUCAAGCCAAUCAAGAUCUCAGCUAGCUCUCUCACCAAACCCUUGAACAUAGCCAACUUAAGAGGAGCUGGAGCGCCCGCCGUGGUCCCGCCGUCGCCAUUCGCGGCGGGCUCGUCGGCGGCGUACAAUGCCGCUUCGCUACUCGCUCAGAUGGAGAUGGUGGGUAUGACGGGGAUGAACUCGUAUUUACUACAGAACUUGAACCAUAUUAUACAAAAUGGGAUGGGUUCCCCCUUCACUGGCAUGCUUGGCCAGCUGGGCCAGCUGGGUCAGGUCGCAGGCGGUGUUCCCGUGUGGGCGCAGAACAAACCUGGCAAUAUGUGGCAGCAAGAAAAGAUGGGCGGUGAGGAAGAAGAGGUAGACGAUGAAGAAAUGGGCGUCGCCGAGACAUACGCAGACUACAUGCCUACUAAAUUAAAACUAGGUCGCAAGCACCCUGAUCCGGUGGUGGAGACGGCGUCUCUCUCCUCAGUAGAGCCGGUUGACGUGACGUACAAACUGAGUCUGCCUGACGAGACCAUCCGCAACGGUCUACUGUCUGCUCUGCAGUUGGAAGCUGUGGUCUAUGCGUCACAGGCCCAUGAGCAUCUACUGCCUGAUGGAACUAGGGCUGGUUUCCUCAUUGGCGAUGGUGCUGGUGUGGGUAAAGGCCGUACAAUAGCGGGUAUAAUAUUCGAAAACUACAUAAAGGGCCGCAAGCGAGCCAUCUGGGUGUCAGUCUCCAACGACUUGAAGUACGACGCUGAACGAGAUCUCAGGGACAUCGGCGCUGGGAAGAUUGAGGUCCAUCCUCUUAAUAAGUUUAAAUACGCAAAAAUCUCAUCGGCUGUCAACGGUAACGUGAAGAAGGGCGUGAUCUUCAGCACAUACUCAGCGUUGAUUGGAGAAACACAAUCCACGAGCACCAAGUACAGGACGCGACUCAAACAAUUACUGCAGUGGUGCGGAGACGAUUACGAUGGAGUUAUCGUUUUCGACGAGUGUCACAAAGCAAAGAAUCUUUGCCCGGUGGGGUCCGGCAAAGCAACAAAGACUGGAUUAACAGCAUUGGAGCUUCAGAAUAGAUUACCCAAGGCAAGAGUAGUGUAUGCUUCAGCCACUGGCGCUAGUGAGCCGAGGAAUAUGGCCUAUAUGGUCAGACUUGGCAUUUGGGGAGACGGCACACCAUUCCCGACUUUCACAGAUUUCAUCAACGCUGUUGAAAAAAGAGGUGUGGGAGCCAUGGAGAUCGUAGCGAUGGACAUGAAGCUCCGCGGCAUGUACAUAGCGCGCCAGCUCUCCUUCCACGGCGUCUCCUUCAAGAUCGAGGAGGUGCCGCUCUCUGACGCAUUCAAGGAGACCUAUGAUAAAGCUGUGGCACUGUGGGUGGAAGCCAUGCAGCGUUUCACGGAGGCUGCGGAACUGAUAAACGCGGAGUCUCGCAUGAAGAAGACCAUGUGGGGACAGUUCUGGUCUGCGCACCAACGGUUCUUCAAGUACUUGUGUAUCGCAGCCAAGGUGAACCACGCCGUGGUGACGGCGCGCGAGGCGGUGAAGUGUGGCAAGUGCGUGGUCAUCGGGCUGCAGUCCACGGGCGAGGCGCGGACACUCGACCAGCUCGAGCGGGACGACGGGGAACUCUCCGACUUCGUCUCCACCGCCAAGGGUGUAUUCCAGACGUUAGUGGAAAAACACUUCCCAGCUCCGGACCGCGACCGCAUAAAUCGCCUGCUGGGACUGGAGCCGCCGCGGACCAAGGCCACUCCGUCACACCAGGCCACGCACACACAACAGAACGGGAAGAAUGGAAUUGAUGAUGAGGCCAAUACUUCCAAGAGAAAACUCACAGCGCGUCAGCAAGCGAAUGCAGCGGCCAAGCGCAUGCGCGGAGGAUCCUCCUCAGACGAGUUCGUGCGAGGAUCUGAUGAUGAACUGGAGAUGGAGUCGGAUGACGAGCGCCGCCCUCCCGGCUCCGACUCCGAGCUGUCAGACUUCAACCCCUUCCAUGGCGGCAGUGAUAGUGAUGAUGAACCAUGGCUGGGCCGUCAGAAGAAGAAGCCAGUUAAGAAGAAGAAAGCAGCGUCACCAAAGAAGAAGGCGUCGUCCACCCAGGACAAGAUAGAGACAAUGUUCGAGCGCAAGAACAGCGCGGCCACUCCCACCGUCACCGUCACCACUCCGGCCGGACACAGCCUCACCGGCACCCCUGUAGGGACCAAUGGACUCUAUCUAGGUCCAUCCCGCAGUGCAGCGCCCCCUAGGUCCGCAAUAGAGCGCGCGUGCAGUAUGAAGGAGGAACUCUUGGCCGCCAUCGAACGACUCGGGCGACGACUGCCUCCCAACACGCUCGACCAACUCGUGGACGAACUGGGAGGCACUGAGAAUGUCGCUGAGAUGACAGGCCGCAAAGGUCGCGUAGUACAGACGGAGGAGGGCCAGAUCCUGUACGAGAGUCGCUCGGAGGCAGACGUGCCCCUGGAAACUCUCAACCUCACGGAGAAGCAACGCUUCAUGGACGGACAGAAAGACGUCGCUAUAAUCUCUGAGGCUGCUUCCAGUGGUAUCUCGCUGCAGAGUGAUCGGAGAGCGCGAAAUCAAAGGCGGAGGGUACACAUCACAUUAGAGCUGCCGUGGUCAGCCGACCGGGCUAUACAACAGUUUGGUCGUACUCACCGAUCGAACCAGGUGAACGCGCCGGAGUACAUAUUCCUGAUCUCAGACCUGGCCGGAGAGCGCCGGUUCGCGUCUACUGUCGCCAAGAGACUCGAGUCUCUCGGGGCUCUCACCCACGGGGACCGCAGAGCAACUGAGACUAGGGAUCUCAGCCAGUUCAAUAUUGAUAAUAAAUAUGGUCGCGCGGCGCUGGAGGCAGUGAUGCGCGCCAUAAUGAAGUACGAGCGCCCCCUGGUGGCGCCGCCGGCGGACUACGCGGCGGACUUCUUCCAGGACGCCGCCGCCGCGCUGGUCGGCGUCGGACUCAUUGUCAACAGCGAGGCCGCGCCUGGGGUACUGCAACUUGAUAAGGAUUACAACAACAUGUCUAAGUUCCUGAACAGGAUACUGGGCAUGCCGGUAGAUCUACAGAACAGGCUGUUCAAAUACUUCACAGAUACUCUAGCUGCAGUCAUGGAGCAAGCGAAGCGCAGUGGCAGAUUUGACCUGGGCAUCCUGGACCUGGGCAGUUGCGGCGAGCGCGUCCGCCGCGUGCGCUGCCUGCGCUACCUGCGGCGCCACGCCACCGGCCGCGCGCCCGUCGAGCUGCACACGCUGCACUCAGAGCGCGGCAUGGAUUGGGCAGAGGCACUAGAGAAAUGGUCCGAGCUCUCGGGUGCCAAGGAAGGGUUCUACGUGUCUCAACAAGCGCGGAACAACAAGUACACCGCCAUACUGUGCGUGGCCGCCGUCACCUCCGUCAAGAAGGAGAAGCUUACCAAGAAGGAUAUUAUGUUCCAAAUCUAUAGGCCUAACACGGGUCUCCAACUGAAGCUGGAGUCCCUGGCGGAGAUAGAGAAGAAGUACCGUCGCGUGGAGAGCAGUGAGGCGGAGUCGUGGUGGCGCGCGCAGUACACCGCGUCGCAGCGAGUCUGCUCGCACGCCUACUGGAGGUCGCUCUGUAGGAACGGAGCCGACUGCGAGGUGGGCCUGCGCGUGCGCACGCACCACGUGCUGUCGGGCUCGGUGCUGGCCGUGUGGGCGCGCGUGGAGGGGGUGCUCGCGGCGCGCGCGCACCUCAACAAGAUGCAGGUCGUGCGCCUCAAGGCCAGCGACGGCCUCAAGCUCGUCGGCACGCUCAUCCCCAAGAACUGCGUCGACCCGCUCAAGGAAGCGCUCGCCUCCGACGCGGUCUCCGUCAGCGAACACAACUUCGAUCACACCGACCCCCUCAACUGA